AAAUCUAAGUAUACGUAUCAAGCAUGAGGUGAUUUGGGAAAGGGCUGAUGGAGAUCCUGGGGCGCUUUAGCCUUUGCAGGUCUCCCUUGGCACAGAUACUUGCCGAGGGCUCUCUGGAGACUCCCGCGCUCUUUAGGUUUCCAUACCACGCAUGCGCCUGACGGUCUCGACCCAUUUCCUCUGCGUGAGGCUUGCUGCGGGCCCUCCAAACGUGUGCCCGCCUCCCUUCCCCCUCAUCGGGAGACGAACCUGGCGGGUGCCCUGCGCACGCUCAGGAGCCGGCGGACUGAGGCGCCUCCUGGCAACCGGACGCCAGCCUCGGCCUAGGGAGCGAGGCAGCAGCAACGGAGCAGCCAAUCAUGGCCAUCGCCUCCGCCCGAAAACCAAGCCGGAAGUCAUCUUUUGAAAGAGAAGGAUGGUGGAGAAUAGCAUUAACAAACACUCCUAAUCCUGGCACUUACCACUUGAAAACUUUUAUUGAAGAAUCUCUAUUAAAUCCAGUGACAGCAACAUACAGUUUUAAAAAUGAAGGAAGGAAAAAAACACCUCUUCUGCGAAGAAACGAUCUGGUACUAAAUGACCUUCCCCAGUACACGCCUCCUGACUUCUUGGACUUGUUAAAGAAGCAAGUGGCCACCUACUCGUUUAAGGACAAACCACGGUCAAACCCCAGCACUCUGGUUUACAGAGAUCAGUCAGUUCAGCUUUCACCAGGACAAUACGAGCUACUUCCUGCACCAGUUCCCAAGCAUGCUUCCAGGAGCUUUGUAUUUCGUUCUACAGUUCAAAGGUUUCCAACAGGCUGCUUCACUCCUCGUGAAGGCCCAGGACCAGGUCAUUAUAACUUGAAAAUACCUGCAGUAAGUUCUGUUACUUCCUGUUUUCAAUCCAGAGUACCUCGAUUCUUGCCUGCCUGUUCAAAAACUCCAGGCCCAGGAGCAUACACAUCUUCAGCACAAUUCCCCAAGCAGCCCCGGACCAUAGCCAAAAUGGGCCGAGAACAUAGCCUUUUCUUCAACAACACAAUUGGCUUUUAAAA